AUGGCACCGAAAACUCCGUUUCUUGGCUUCAGAGGCCCUGCUCUACGAGCUAUGCAGAUAGCACUCGUUGUAGCCCCUGGAUUCACAAUAUUCGGCUACAACCAGGCUGGAGUCGGGCCUCUGGCAACUCUGGAGAGCUGGGUUGAAGUGUUUCCCCAAAUCGACACUAUUCAUACCACUGGUGCGGCUCGGUCCACCAACUCGACAGGAAAAGGAGCUGUCAUUGCUUCUUUCCAAAUAGGCGCCUUAAUUGGUGCUCUCUCCUGUCUCUUCAUUGGAGACAUACUAGGAAGACGCAAGACAAUCUUUCUCGCGGCACUGUUUACCCUGGUUGGGCAAGUUCUACAAGUUUCUGCAUACAAUCUGAUUCAGUUCGUCGUCGGUCGAAUUAUCAUCGGGAUAGGCGUUGGUGAGAUUAGUGUCGCAAUCCCAGUUUGGCAAGCAGAAUGCUCCUCAGCAAAGCACAGAGGUCGGGAUGUCAUCACCGCUGGCAUCUUCAUGUGCCUUGGGUAUGCUCUCUGUAACUGGCUAGAUUUCGGCUUCAGCAGAAUUCCCAACUCCACACUUGAAUGGAGAUUGCCCCUCGUGUUGUCAAUUGCACCUUCUUUGACCAUGUUGGGUGGCAUCUUCUUGCUUCCAGAGUCCCCAAGAUGGCUUGUACGGGUGAACAAAGAGUCCAAAGCCACCCAAGCACUCGCUGCGUUAAAAGAUCUCCCGGAGACAGACGAGUCAAUCAGAACCGAGAUUGCUCAAAUCCAAUCCUCUCUGGAGUUUUCAGCACAUGGCAACACCUCUCUCUCGCAGAUAUUUUCCAAGGAUGACAACGAACGGUUGUUAUACAGGUUCUGCUUGUGCUUUGCUCUUCAAUUCUUCCAGCAGAUGUGCGGUGGCAACCUCAUCAGCACCUAUGCCAGCACAAUCUUUCAAGAAAAUCUAGCUCUUGGGAGCACAUUGUCGCGAAUAUUAGCCUCAUGCGCACUUACCUGGAAAUUCCUCUGCUGUUUUAUUUCCUUCUUUGCUAUCGACAAGCUAGGAAGACGGGCUGUAUUCAUGAUCAGCGGCACAGGAAUGUCAUUGUGUAUGGCAGCUCUAGCUAUUACAACUAGUUUCCCGUCGACAAACAAGGGUGCCUCCAUUGCAUCGGCUACUUUCAUCUUCCUCUUCAACUUGUUCUACCCCAUCGGCUUCCUGGGAGGAAACUUUCUCUACUGUACAGAGGUUGCCCCGGUAAGAUUAAGGAUUGCCAUGAACUCCAUCUCCACCGCAAACCACUGGCUGUGGAACUUUGUAGUGGUCAUGGUGACACCUGUGGCCAUUGACACCAUCGGCUACCGCUACUAUAUCAUGUAUGCCAUCAUCUCAGCCAUGAUUCCCAUUUUGGUCUUCUUCUUUUACCCAGAGACGAUGAAUCGGAACCUUGAGCUCUUGAACAACGUUUUCCGAGACGCAUCCAGUCCCUGGAAGAUUGUGUCAAUGGCAAAAAAUUUACCUCAGGGCGAGCUGGCAACAUUCAGCCCAGAGGGAAAAGGUGAUACCAAAGUUGAGCAAAAGGAAGAAGCAGCGUAA